AUGGCAAACCAACAAUUACCUCCUCCGCGCCGUCGUGGGGAUCAUUUGUUCGAGCGAUGGGGGGUCAAGCUACAGGAGGACAGCAACGGCAUUAUCUCCUCUGGAUUACUUCCCAUGUUCCCGACUGUUGACGGACCGUACGGUCUCGCUGAAGACCUUUGGUGGACGCAUAAGCGAGCGCUGCAGGAGGCGGCUACACACGCGCAUCCGAUGCCAAAGUCCAUACCGAAGCCCUCGAGCGUGCAGCUAGACGAAUUGUUCUGUACCGAACGGUGGCAGCAGGUCGCUCUCCACGGCCUCAGAACUUGGGAGCUUCCUUCCCUCAACCAAGGUAUCAUAGGGACAAGUUACUGGCAAGAGGUCUUUAUGAUGGACCUCUCAAUCAUGCAACUUUCCAACAUCAGCGUCACAGUUGAGCAAUUCCCGGACAUUGAUCUUAUCCACGUGGACGAGAGCAAGUGGCACAUAGCCUUCCGCCGCAGCCGGUGGUAUGAUUUGCGGGGCGUUGUGUUGGAAAAGGACGCCAACGGGCGCCCUACAAACACUCGAGAUUGGAGUGUAGACGACAACGGCCUCUGGGGUGAACUGCGAGUCGCGAUUGAAAUGGCCAACAGGAUGCUGCAUCACAUCCUUUACGGCGACUGGAUUUCUGCAAUGCUGGAGGGAUCCACGGAUCCGAUUCCGAAUGUCCUACCAUUCUCAGCAGAUCGUAUGCCCCACCGGAUGGUUUCGCCCGGUGAGGCUGGAAUAGGGCUCAAGCAGCCCGACCAGCGGAUCGCCAACCGAAUAUGGCACCAAAUUGAGCUUCUAUCACAGUGGAUUAUCUGGUCGUUUUUUGAUCCGCGGGAUUUGGACAAGUAUGGGUCAUCGGGCCAGCCGGGCGGUGUCACAGCCGGUUAUUGCAGCUCAGCACAACUGCGAACGGUGAUGGAGAAACCUCUCAAUCCCAGAGCCCUUCCACACCCGCAUGACCCCGAGGUGUUCACCGAUAUCAAAAUCAACACUAUGCUUCUCGAAGCGUUGCUUUCCAUCUCAAAUACUCCAGAGGAAGUUGCUUCCAAACACACCACACGGCUCCAGUUAGCGCUCGUAAUAGUACACGAGUUUAUGCAUGCACUUCAGACGGCAAGAGUCUAUGUCAUGACUUGCUCAGGCGGGUGGCAAUAUGAACCGUAUUAUAAAAAUGAAGUUUCUGCAGAACUGGGUUGGUCACAGGAACAAUCUCUUCUUGGCGCCGUCAGAACAAUUGGACCUUUGAACGUCUUUGUGCCUGACAGCGACUUCCUCUCCCGGGCUGGCCCUGCGUUUACUAUUGCACAAUCGUGGCUUGAUGACCCGACAGUGCGUCAAAAAGGUAAAGAACUACAGGAACUAGAUGGCUCCUUGCGCGGUGCGCUGCAUAGAGUUACCUCUCAGAUGAGCCCCUUACCUACAUACUGGUGUUCCCGCUUCCAGUCCCAGAGCUUUUGGGAUUCUCAUGUUGCUAUAUACGGGCAAAGCGCGCUCAAAGCUGAACCAGUGGUGCUCACCAAGCAAAGUAUAACCAUGGGGUCCCAUGUUCGAAUCUACCACGCCAGGGGACAUGUGCAACCGUCGCUGUUGCGACACCAACCGAUAGUACCGAACCAGAUGCAAAGGUUCCGACUAGAGGAAGAGCAAACAUUCCAAUACAUGGAGUUCCGCAAAAAGCUGUGGAAAAGCCUACGGCCUUGGUACAAGCAGUCUUACCGGAUCUGGCAGAAAACCCCAUACUCGUUUCUGCGUCUACGCCGACUGGUUGACCAUUUCCGACAGGCGGUCCUUCAACGAAACCGUGUCGAUGCGGAAGCCGCAGUCAAUGAAUACAGCGCCUACCUCAAGGUCCUCGCCUCGGAAAUGAGCACACCCUAUGCUGUGCCCAAUGCUCCGCCCGGGACCUUACCCUUCUGGUUCUUCGAGUUCCACCGUCAUCCGGCCUUAUGGCCCUUUUUCAUGCUCGAGGUUAUGAUGCAUGCGUCUCUUCCGUAUGACUGGUCAACCUCAGUGAGGAAGAAUGCAGCACCUCCAUCCGCGCCGACAGCUACCACCAGCAAUGUAGUAUCCUUGCCCAACCGCUGGUUUCCGAGCCAGCACGCCCGGGCUGCCGGUGCCUUUUUCAAGUAUCCAUCGUUCUGGACUUCCCUGGACGAGCCUCCCAACGCCAGUUUGGCCAGGCCUGAUGUCACUGACCCCAGCGACAUCCACCCGCCUAUGGUCAGCGGGGAGUUCACCAAGCCCUACAGGUCAUUAACAUGGCCUUCACCCGAGAAGAUGACAUCUCUUUACAAAGCCCGCUGGAACAUGCUCUUAGUCGCCGAAAAUAAGAGAAUCAAAGAACCCAUGAAGAAGUACCCCAUCUCCAAGAGGCUGUGGCAGGCUCUCAUGGACCAGUACAAGCAGCUUACUAGGCACAACCAACGCCUCGGUGAAAAGAACAACAACGGGCAGUGGUUAGACUUUGACUUUGUAUUCCCCCCUUACGAUGAGAAUGAUGAGUUUGUGGUUUUGGACAGGUUCAGCAGGCCCAUGGACUUCGGGCAGUGGGUGAUAAUGGGAUAUAACUCUACGGACUGGUUUCUGCAAGGCCAUGCGGACCCCGACAAGCUGACAGUCAUGUCCAAGGCAGUGCCUGCACCGGCGGACGCCCCCGAGGUGUACUUACCGAGUGAGGAUGAGGGGGAUGGGGAUGCGCCCGAGGUUUGGCAGCGUUGGUGGCCUGUUCACCCUCAUGUGGACGUGGACAUGGACGUGGACAUGAUGGAUGGGUGAUUUCGAGAGCGGAGCUGCACCGACCGGGUCGGACAUGUCAUGUUCUGUCAGGCUACAGGCUAGUGAGGCGAUCGACCAGUGACUCAUGUUGUGCAGGAAGGAACAAGACACGAAGAGAAGCAGAAACACGGCAUGGAAGAAGGAGAGGAGGGAGGGUUCCGGUAAAGUAGGUAGGUAAGGCGGAUGCACCGCAUUCUUACAGCAGUUUUGGAUGUUCCCUGUAUUUGACUCUAUUCAGAUUGUGGUAUAUUGAUGUGAUAUGGUGUUUUCGCUGUAGAAUCUAUGCUUUGUCAUAGGAACAAGUCUGAUAUAUACC